AUACCCUGACCACGAGCACGUGCUGCGUUAGUGCUCUUUUCUCUAUUCGUGCUGCCACCGUGUGUCAGCUCAGUGAACUGCAGCGUCUCGCUCUCUGGCGUCAUCUCUACGCGCCGAGGCGCCUCCUCACACGUGUUUCCAAGACGUCUCCGGUGUUUUCAUUUCACGGAGCCACUGAUUUCUUCGAUUAAAUAGCGUAGUUUCCUCAACAGUACAGCGCGUAGAGCUCAGUGGUUUGUAGACGUAAACACAAUAAUGGCCCAAAGGAGGAAGAAGCUGAUGAAGAGGAAGAAGAGCUCCGCGCACAGAGAUCACGAGCUCCAGUCUGACGAUGAAGAGUUUGAAGUGGCUGCAGGAAUCAAAGAUGACGAUGACACACCCAACAGAAGGCUUCUGCGCUUCCCCGCCACAUCCGAGUGUGUUUCUGACGUGGAGCCCGACACCAGAGAGCUCGUCAGAGCUCAGAACAAGAAGAAGAAGAAGUCUGGUGGCUUUCAGUCUAUGGGUCUCAGUUACCCUGUGUUUAAAGGCGUCAUGAAGAAGGGCUAUAAAGUGCCCACACCCAUCCAGAGAAAGACUAUCCCAGUGAUCCUGGAUGGAAAAGAUGUGGUGGCCAUGGCGCGGACGGGCAGCGGGAAGACGGCGGCAUUCCUCGUGCCCAUGUUUGAGAAGCUGAAGGCCCCGCAGGCGCAGACGGGAGCCCGGGCUCUGAUCCUCACGCCCACCCGAGAGCUCGCCCUGCAGACCAUGAAGUUCACCAAAGAGCUGGGGAAGUUCACUGGGCUGAAAACGGCACUUAUUCUCGGUGGAGACAGCAUGGACGACCAGUUUGCUGCUCUUCAUGAGAAUCCCGACAUCAUCAUCGGGACCCCCGGCCGUCUGAUGCAUGUCAUCCAGGAGAUGAACCUGAAGCUGCAGUCCGUGGAGUAUGUGGUGUUUGAUGAAGCCGACAGGCUGUUUGAAAUGGGUUUUGCAGAGCAGCUUCAGGAAAUCAUCCGACGUCUUCCGGACGCUCGGCAGACGCUGCUUUUCUCGGCCACGCUGCCCAAAUUGAUCGUGGAUUUCGCCAGAGCUGGCCUCACAGAGCCGGUUCUCAUUCGUCUGGAUGUGGACACGAAACUCAGUGACCAGCUGAAGCUCUCAUUUUUCCAUGUUCGGUUGGACGAUAAACCAGCGCUGCUUCUGCAUCUGCUGAGAAACGUAGUGAAGCCGCAGGAACAGACGGUGGUGUUCGUAGCCACCAAACAUCACGUGGAGUAUCUUAAAGAGCUAUUGACAGUGGAGGGCAUUGAGGUUGCGUACAUCUACAGCGCUCUGGACCAGACGGCCCGCAAGAUCAACAUUGGCCGCUUCGUUCACCGCAAGGCCAUGGUGCUGCUGGUCACUGACGUGGCCGCUCGCGGCAUUGACAUCCCGCUCUUGGACAACGUCAUCAACUUCAACUUCCCAUCGAAGGCCAAACUCUUUCUGCACAGAGUCGGUCGUGUGGCUCGCGCUGGCAGAGGCGGCACAGCGUUCAGUCUGGUGUGUUCAGAUGAAGUUCCUUUCCUCUAUGAUCUUCAUCUGUUCUUGGGUCGACCCGUACAGGUCGCCGUCCCCGAACACACUCAAGACGCGGAUGGCGUGUUCGGGCGUGUUCCUCAGAGCAUUCUGGACGAUGAAGAGUCGCAGCUGCAGACGGCUCACGAGAACUCGCUGGAUCUCCAGAGUCUCCGCCACGUCUCGGAGAACGCCUAUAAGCAGUACCUGAAGUCUCGACCCAGCCCCUCGCCCGAGUCUGUCAAACGCGUGAAGAACACCGACCUGUCCUCGAUGUCUGUCCACCCUCUGCUGGGUGCUGGACUGGAGCGGAUGGAGCUGGACCGGCUGCUGAUGGUCGACUGCAUCAAGGGCUACAAGGCAAAAGCUACUAUUUUUGAAAUCAACUCCAACAACAAAACGAAUGCCAGCGAGGUGAUGCGAGCCAAGCGAUCUCGGGACGCUCGCUUGGUCCAAAAGUAUUCGAAAGCGCGAGCAGAACUGAUAGUCAAGCCUGCCGUACCUGUCGUAACCAGGACCGAACAGCAGCACAAUGAGGACGAAGAUGAGAUUCAGACCGUGUUCUCAGAGGUGGUUGGAGGGAAAAAACGAAAGCAAGAUAAUGAAACGGAUGGAAUGAAGAGCAAAAAGAAAAGCCUAUCAGGCAAAGAUGAAGAGUUUUACAUCCCGUAUAGACCCAAAGACUUCGAUUCGGAGCGAGGGCUGAGUCUCGGGGCCGAAGGCAGCUCUUUCGAGCAGCAGGCCUCCUCUGCGGUUCUGGACCUGAUGGGAGACGAGGGCAACUCUUUAAACCAGCACAAGAGCCUGAUGAAAUGGGAUCGCAAGAGGAAACGCUUCGUCCGUGAGACGGGCAAAGACGGCAUGAACAAGAAAAUCAGGACAGAAAGUGGACAGGUGGUCACUGGAAAAAAGAAGAAAAAGAGCUUUUAUGAAGAAUGGAAGAAGAAGUAUAAGAUGGAUGACAGAGCAUCAGACUCGGAUGGAGAAACUGGAGGAGCGCUCAGAGGGAGGAACUUUGGUGGUCGUAGAGGAAGAGGCGGAGCUCAGUCCCAGCCGGCCCAGCAGCGGAACGGUUCCCGGGUGCGAUCAGAGCUGAAGAACCGCGAUCAGAUCCUCAAGCAACGCAAGCGGAAAGCCAAACAGCAGUUUCUGCAGAGCGGCGGCAUGAAAAAGCUUCGCGCCAAAGGAAAACACCGGCUGCAGGAAGUGAUGAGAUCUGGCUUUGGUCGUGGUGGCACCAAGAAAGGAAAGAUGAGGAAGAAACUUUAAAGAGAGGAAUCGAUACGAACAAUCCCGCUUCCUCUGAUUUGUGGUGCAGAAAACAGGAUGGACAACAUUAUGUGUACAUGACAUCUAGAAAAUAAGUGAAGAGAAUUUAACUCUUUUACUAAAACUGCUGUUUCAUGAACGUCAUCUCUUUGUCUGCAUUAAAAGGGAUGUUUCGGGUUCAACUGAAGCUCUGUCGGCAGCAGUUGUGGCAGAAUGUCCAUUACCGCAGAAAAUAAUUUCCCCUCUAGUUUCUUAAAUUUUUUUCUUGUUUAAUAAUUGCAAAAACCGUCAAAGUUACAAUAAGACACUUAAAAUGGAAGUACACGGCACUUCGUCAUAACUUUAUAUCUGUUCACAUGAGAUUGCUGUGAUAAAAUUGUUUACUGAC